GUUCCUUCAAACAGUACAUCCGAGAUUCAAUACGCCAGUCGUUCGCUCCUUUCCUCUUUUUCUUUCUUGCUUUUUUCCGUUACCACCUCUGUUUCUAUACGUUUAACUCCAGUGCCACUCGAGUCGCAAUCAGUUCAGUUCCGACGAGCGAACCGCAAGGACUGAUUUAUUCGAAGUCGUUCCAGUGCGAGAAAGUGAAUUUCACCGGCGUACGAGAACAAACGAAGAGGACUGUUUUGUCUACGCGUGUGAUGCAGUGCAGUGACUCACUACGUUUAUCAGGAUUAUAUUGAUAGUUAAUUUGUGUGAUCAGUGCGAGCAAUACGGAACAAUUGGAUUAAUACUGCUGUAUUGCGGCUUCGCGGUGUCCAGUGCCUGCGAAGUACCGACAAACAUUUUUCCAUCGUCGAACAAGUUAACAGAAAAUCGACCAAGAUGCUUGUCGAAGAAGUGCCGAGAAGCUUCGUCAAGAAGAACAACAGCUACAGCCACUGCCCGCUCAAAAAGCGGCCAGUCCAUGUCUUGCCGACAGAAGAAUCUCCGGAAGUGAUUAAAGAAGAAAUAAUCGAUGUCGUGUUGGACGAUAUCCCAGAGCCGGAGAACCUCAGCACGAAGCCCGAGGAUCUCAGCAAAACAGCGGAACGUCACCAACACGAGUCGCAGCAGUACGCGUCCAGGUCUCCCUCACCGGUCGUCAAAGUCUCCCAAUCGCCUCCGCCAGCGGUGCAGGCCAGUUCGCCGAUGAUGCACCACGUCCAUCCAGUGCAUCAUAUACACCAUCACCAUCAUUAUCCGACAAAAGCGAUCACACCGCCCGUGGGUAUCGCGCCGAUUCAUCCCGUGGCGAAGAAAGCGCGAGUGGAAGUGAUUCAGCACGACAAUUCGUCGUCGACGGCGGCUGUGACGGCUGCGUCGGCGCCGUUGCACUUCAUGGCGACGAAAGCACCUUUGGAACCGUUGAACCUGAACACACCGAUUGAACCUUUGGCACAUUACGCGUCACCGGCAUGGACGCGAACACCUCCGCUUUACCCGCCACACUACUUGCCAUAUCCCGCGGCUUAUCACCGUUAUCACCAAGCGGGAGCUGAAUUGUAUCCGUCCUAUCCGAUGCCGGCGUAUCCGCACUCUUCCCCGGAGCAUCAUCCAUCGGUCUCUCCGCCGCCACACGCAGCGCUGACCUGUCCAACGAUCCAGAGACCGAUUGCCAGGAGUUACGCACACUGGGCCAGUCCGGACCACUGCGGUUUAUCACCGACCAGUUCCCUGGGCUCCGGAUCGCUCAGAUCACCGCCACCAGUAACACCAGAGGAUCUCUCCUCGCCCGGAAGCGACAGCGGAAGAUCGUCAGCCGGUAGCACAUCGGCCGGAUCGACGAUCGUCAAUCCGAAAAUCGAGAAGACUGGAACAACGAACGGUUCAACUGUGUCAUUGUCCUCAUCAUCGUCAUCUUCGUGGUCCUCUUCGUCGAGGACGCCGCCAAGGUGUCAGUGUCCUGAUUGUGGCAAGUCGUACUCGACGUAUUCCGGCCUGUCGAAACAUCAACAAUUCCACUGUCCCGCGGCCGAGGGCCAAGCGAAGAAAUCGUUCUCGUGCAAAUACUGCGAGAAGGUUUACGUCAGUCUGGGCGCUCUGAAGAUGCACAUCAGAACGCACACCCUUCCGUGCAAAUGUCAUCUCUGCGGCAAGGCGUUCUCCAGGCCAUGGCUGCUUCAAGGACACAUCAGGACGCACACCGGUGAGAAACCGUUCAGCUGUCAGCACUGCAAUCGUGCAUUCGCGGAUAGGAGUAAUCUGAGGGCGCACCUUCAGACGCACAGUGACGUGAAGAAGUACUCGUGCACCUCGUGCAGCAAGACCUUCAGCAGAAUGUCUCUGCUGACGAAGCAUCAGGAGGGUGGCUGCCCCGGCGUGGCAGUCCCGAUGGGUUACGGAUGUUAAGGAGAUCGUUCUACCGGAGAAACGGUGUGAUCGCCGAAGGGGAAUCUUCGCUUUCCCUCGACACGUUCCUUUUACUUAAUAGUACUUUAUUAAACGGUUCGAUCGACGAAGUGCCUUACGCGUUAAUCGGAGUACAAAAUGAAACUAAUAUCGAUAAGUAGUACGACUGGGGAAAUUUUAACGGGUUCAAUUUCCCGACGAAGCAACUAGACUGACCGACUAUGAGACAGACGCAUCGAAGUACCUGGCUCUCGACCGAAAUUCAUGUUUCGCGGCGUGAAUUUCGAUGCGAGAUCAUUGAUACAACAGCAAUUGUCGGAAAACUGAACUCCUAUUCGGACGCGUUCUCUCGAAGGGUCAUGGAGAGAAUUAGGGACGGAGUUUUUCUUUUUUUCUAAAACAUGGUUGUGCACCUCUUACGUUUUUUUCUACUUGAGUCCUUUUAGUCCCGCUGUAAAUAGUAUCGACGUGUGCGUGUGUGACGAGAAUUGACGGUUGAGACAAAGAUACGUUCCGCGCCCUUCGAGGAGUCGAUGAAAUUUUUCACAGAUUUAGAAGACGAGUCGAUGAAACCGCUUGACGCGGACCCGUGAAGCUGUCGUGCCAUUUUCGUUUUUUCCUUUUCCUUUUUUUUUAAUUGCUUCCCGUUUCGAGCGCGACGAAUAAUUCCACGAUCGAACAGAAGGGGGAGAAUUAUCGAGGAGCCCGCGUAUCGUUUGAAUGAUCGUAUAACGUGCACCAAAGUGCCAUUCCCGAGAUCCGUACGUCAAGUCUUGUAAAUGAACGGUGAGUUGAGGGCACGCGCGAAAAAGAAGUAUUAGAAUUCGUCGCAAUUCGUUGAGUGGAAUGAGAGACGGAAGUAAAGUAUUUAAAGUUGUCUGGUGCCUGAGUGUUCUUCCUGUUUUCAUUUCUUGUCCAUUUCGAUGAAAACUCGGGACUAAUUUGAGAGAGUGUGUGUGUGAGAGAGAAUACGGAGCGUACCAUGAGAGAGAGAGAGAGAGAGAGAGUGAGAGAGCUUAA